CGAACAUAUAGACAGACUCAUACACACCCCAUCAACAGACACAAUCAUUUUCUCCUGUCCUGACAUGAUUGGAAAGUUGGAAGAAAGCCUCUUAUUGUGAAGUGAGGAAGUGAUAUUAGAGGAAAUGAGGAGCACAACAGGAUACUUGGCUGGAUCACUUCUCUCAUGCAUUGCAUAUCUGGAGCCCCCAAACUACCCUGCUCUGAUCCUGGCUCAUGUGUUGGAAUUUCCUCUCCAUCAUUCAGAAUUUUACUUUUUACAAAUAAGUUUUCCUCUACAGCCUGCAGACACUUCCCAACGGACUUGCUCACCGCCCAUUGUUCCUUAGUUGAGAACAUCCCCUUUAUUAAGGCUCCCACACCUUUUCCACCAAGGCACAUUUAUGGUUUAACUGGGCUUCGUUUACUGCUUAGCAAUCCUGAUAUCUGAUGUAACAUUCAGCUGGGUGAAGCCUCUUCCAGUCCAUUCCCAGAAGCCAACAAUGAGUAGUUGCAGCUGUCUGCGCCCAGAGACUGACUCUGAGGAUGAGUACAGGGAGAGCGCAGAGAAAGAGCAGAAGGAGGAGAACCCUGACACAGUAGAUGGAGAUCUGAUCUUUUCUACAGCCGUCAUGGGCGGUGUACACAAUGCACAAAGCAACCAACGGGAUCGUGAGAAGGAACGUCAAAAAAUAAGAGAGCGUGAACGAAGAAGAGACCAAGAAAAACAAAGAGAAAAAGACAGAAACACUGAGAGAGAAAAAGAGAGGAGAAGGCAAAGGGAAAGGCAGAGACUAGCUGAGAAACAGAGACAGAAACAAUCUGACAAACAAAGACAGAAACAAGCAGAAAAGCAGAGGCAGAAGAAAAGGAAAUGAUUAUUUUGUGUACAUAC